GGUCGAAAUGAAAAUGGGAACAAUAACAGAAACCCUUUACGUGAUUGGCUGAGGAGAUACUUGACUCCUCAGGACAUGCGCAAAUGGAUAGCAGCCCAGAGUGCAUUGCGUCACCAGACAAAGACCAGCAGCGAGAAGGGAGCGGCACGUUUACCAAGAUGGAGUCAGAGAGGGAACAAAGUAAGCCAUUUGCUCGUGAUAAAUUCUUAUUUUUGCGCUGUUGAUGACGUUUUUAUAUAAAUGUUUUACUCUAUCAAGUUUCUGUGUUGUUUAAGUCAAGUCCUGGUAGUGUAGAGGGGCCCUGAAGUGGCAUGGAUUUGCCGUAAUUUUGUUGGGCUUUUUAGUUCAUUCUUCGUUCGAAGGGUUUGGUAGCCAUAUUUUUCUGCUUCUUCAAGCCUUUAUCGACGCCUUUUUGUGGGGGGAAAUCGCCUUUACAGUUCCCGAUUUCUUUCUGUGGAUUCCUUCAUUCGUGAAGCACGCGGUAUGUGACAAGGAAACAUCUGUUGUUGCCUGUAGUUUUAGCUUUCUUGCCGAAUGUUUGAUUUCGAUGUAUUUUCGCUUCUUCGAUGGUCGACGCAUCGCAUGGGUAUUCCCUGGCCCCAUUACCCCCUUUUUGAACGAUUUUGGUUCCUUUCAGCCGUGGUUUCUUUCACAUCGAAACACGUGGUUAAGAGAUUAGUCUUGUGACCCUUCUCUCUUCGAAUAGAUCUUGCUUUCCAUUUUAAACGGUUUUCGGAGGCUUUUCGUUCUCCUUUAGUUCUUUGCCAAUCUCAGCCCCCAUUUUCUAACAUGGGUACAGCCCUCGAAUCAAGCGGUGUCUUUGAAGCGAGUUUACUGGACAAAGCUGCUUCGACUAUUCCACAGCGAACUAAAUGGCGGAUAAUGAUUCAGAUAGCGACGAAGAAGUCGAUAUUCUCUCAAGUGUAGACGAAAGAAAGAGACCAGUGAUGUUUGGAGAACAUUUUACCCACCAUUUUCAGCCGUCGUCCAUUUCUGUAGGCCAUAUCGGAAGCCUUCAUGGAACAACCGCCGUUUCAUUCUUCGGUCACGAACAGACAACGAGACAAGACAGUGAAUCUAACUCAGAAGGUUCUGACAGCAGCCAGUCGGAAUCAGAUUCUGACGAUGAGGGAAAUGAACAGAAUGUUGCACCAAGACGGCCACCACCUCCAUUGUCACAUUAUCAGAUGUCUUCACCUGGUGAUUUACAUCACACUGUAAACAAUAAUCCAACCACACCAACACAGAAGAAGAAGUUUGAUGAAAGGUUUUGGGAAGAGGAUCCAGAAACAUAUGGAGUCAGAAGAUCUGGAAGAUCAAGAAAGGAACCAGAAAGAUUUACUGUAGCUCAAGAGGGAUCAGGAAGUGAGGAUGAAGAGAAGAAUGAGGGAGUACUCAGAACAAAGAAAUUAAAACCAAAGGGAAGGAAAGGAAGAAGAAUUUCAUCAGCAAGUGAAGACUGGUCAGUGGUUGAUGGUCAGGGAAGUGACAGUGAAAGCAGUGACAACUACACUCCUGAUCUUGAGGUUAGAAACAGACCUAGACCUGUGCCACGUCCAAAUGCAAGGGUACCACCAAUAGUGCCCAAACCAAAAGAUCUUGCACCUCGAAAGAAAGUUAGUGUACAUGUACCCUCACCACAAAAACCACCCAGUAGAGUGAAGAAACUUGAGAGUGAAGAAUCAGAUGAAGGUGAUGAAAAUGAUGAUGACGAUGAUGAUGAUGAGAGUAAUAGAAACUCUGUAAGAAGGGCUGCAGUAACAAUUUCAAGCUAUAAAGAAGAGAGUGAAGAUGGAACUGACUCUGAUGAUCUGGUUGAGGCAAAUUAUGACACCACAGGAGAGUAUGUUGAAGAUGACAGAGAAUGCAUUGAGAGAGUCCUCAUCAGCCGUGUUGGCCGACCAGGGGAGAUUGGAGCCAUGACUACAGUCUAUGCACCAGAGUAUGAAGAAAUGCAGAAGCAUGGGGAACCUUUCCAUGGAGAACCCAACGAGAUCCAAUACCUGAUAAAGUGGAAAGGUUGGUCACAUCUGCAUAACACAUGGGAAACUGAGAAGAGCCUUACUGAUCAGAAUGUGAAAGGAAUGAAAAAAUUAAGCAACUUCAUUAAAAAAGAUGAAGAAAUUGCAACCUGGAAAAAGUUUGCUGCUCCAGAGGAUGUAGAAUAUUUUGAUAUUCAGUUGCAAAUGAACUAUGACCUCCUGGAUGAAUACAAGGAAGUUGAAAGGAUCAUAGCUCAUACUGUGGUAAAAAGUGAUGUGAAUGGUGGCACUGUCAAUCAAGUGGACUAUCUUUGUAAGUGGCAGGGUUUGCCCUAUGUUGAGAGCACUUGGGAAGAUGGUGCUCUUGUUUCCAGAUUUUAUCAACUGAAAGUCGAUUCUUACCUCAACCGACAACGCUCUGAGAAAAUCCCUGGAAAGAGUGCAAAAGUAAAUCGGCAGAGACCAAAGUUUACUCCCAUCAAAAGACAGCCAUCCUUUCUUGGAAACAAAGAUCUCCAACUCAGAGAUUAUCAACUUGAUGGACUGAAUUGGCUGGUUAACUCUUGGUGUAGAAGCCACUCAGUGAUUCUGGCAGAUGAAAUGGGACUUGGUAAAACAAUCCAAGUCAUUUCCUUUCUCUCCUACUUGUAUAAUGCUCAAUCUCUCUAUGGACCUUUCUUGUUGGUUGUUCCACUGUCGACCAUGGCUGCUUGGCAGAGAGAGUUUAGCUUAUGGGCCAGAGACAUAAAUGUGGUAGUUUAUCUGGGAGAUGUAACAAGUAGAAAUAAGAUCCGUGAAUAUGAAUGGUAUCGUGCCAACAGCAAGUCCCUCAAAUUCAAUGCACUUCUGACAACCUAUGAAAUCUUAUUGAAAGACAGGCAAACAUUAGGAACUAUCAACUGGUGUUGCUUGGUGGUGGACGAGGCUCACAGACUAAAGAAUGAUGAUGCUCUUCUGUAUAAAGCUCUCAUGGAAUUUACCACCAACCACAGAAUUCUGAUAACAGGCACCCCACUGCAGAACUCUCUGAAAGAACUGUGGGCUUUGCUACAAUUUAUCAUGCCUAAUAGGUUUUAUUCAUGGGAUGACUUUGAGCAGAUGCAUGCUACUCAAGAAGAGAAAGAAAUAGGAUUUUCUACUUUACACAAAGAAUUAGAGCCUUUCCUUUUAAGAAGGGUCAAGAAAGAUGUUGAGAAGUCUUUACCAGCUAAGGUGGAACAAAUAUUAAGAGUUGAAAUGUCAUCAAUUCAGAAGCAGUAUUAUAGGUGGAUCCUAACAAAAAACUUUGCAGCAUUGAAUAAAGGUUUGAAGGGAAAUGCAAACAGUUUUCUAAACAUUGUGAUGGAGCUGAAAAAAUGCUGCAACCACGCUCAGCUAAUCAGACCAGAUACUAGUCAAACAACCACUGAUUCUUUGCAGAACCUGAUUAGAGGAAGUGGCAAACUGUUUUUACUGGACAAGCUGUUGUGCAGAUUAAAGGAGACAGGCCACAGAGUUCUGAUCUUCUCACAGAUGGUGCGAAUGCUGGACAUUCUAGCUGAGUAUCUGCAGCAACGACGUUUUCUAUUCCAAAGACUGGAUGGCUCAAUAAGAGGUGAUUUAAGAAAACAGGCUUUGGAUCACUUUAAUGCUGAAGGAUCUGAGGAUUUCUGUUUCCUGCUGUCCACUCGUGCUGGUGGCCUGGGCAUUAAUCUUGCCACUGCUGACACAGUCAUCAUUUUUGACUCGGACUGGAAUCCCCAGAAUGACUUGCAAGCCCAGGCUCGUGCACACAGGAUAGGACAGAGAAAUCAGGUCAACAUCUAUCGUCUUGUGUCUAAAGGCAGUAUUGAGGAAGACAUAUUGGAGCGUGCAAAGCGCAAGAUGGUUCUUGAUCAUCUUAUCAUUCAAAGAAUGGACACCACUGGGAGAAAGGUGUUAUCCAAGAAUACUGGGGCUCCAUCUUCGAGUAAUCCAUUUAACAAGGAAGAACUUGCUGCAAUCUUGAAGUUUGGUGCUGAGGAACUCUUUAAAGAAGGAGACGGAGAAGAUACCCAACUACAGGAAAUGGAUAUUGAUGACAUUCUUAGAGCAGCUGAAACUCGGGAUUCUGAUGAUCACCCUCAUACUAUAGGAGAAGAAUUACUCUCUCAGUUCAAGGUUGCUAGUAUUGCUAUGGAUGAAGAUGAAGUUGCCGGAGUAGCUCAAGAGCCCAAUUCAACAGAUGAAGGCAAAAGCUGGUCAGACAUCAUCCCUGAAUCAGACAGGAAAAAGAUCGAGGAGGAAGAAGAGCAGAAGAAACAGUUGGAGUUGUAUUUGCCGCCUCGUAACCGAAAAACUGUAAAAAAGAUGAAUUAUGGCAAAGCCGGGCACAGUGACAAUGAGCAAGAAACAAGCUACAGAAGGAAAACGAGUCGGAAGAAAAAAUCAGAAUCAGAGAGUGAUGAUGAUUCUGGUGCAGAAGGCAAAGGGAUUAAGAGGAAGCGUGGACGGCCACGCACAAUCAAAAGAGAAGAUGUUGAAGGCUUUAGUGAUGCUGAAAUACGAAGAUUUGUUAAAAGUUAUAAGAAGUUUGGCAGACCAAGAUCCAGACUUGACGCAAUUGCAGUUGAUGCUGAACUGGAAGAUAAACCAACUGAAGACCUUGUUAGACUGGCAGAUAUUUUACAUAAUGGUUGUUUGCGAGCUGUGGCAGAAUAUGAAGAAAAACUGAAGGAAGAUCCAAACUUUGAUGGUAAAAAGCGUGGAGCCACUGUACGACUCAGUAACGUGACCAUAAAUGCACCAUCGGUGUUGAAACACGAAGAAGAACUUGAAUCACUUGCCGUCAUCAUGCCAGCAGACAGUGACGCUAGACGAAAGUUCCGUCUGACUGCACCUGCCAAAAGUGUACACUGGGGAGUCCCAUGGGAUGUUCCUGAUGACUCCAUGUUACUGGUCGGAAUCUAUGAAUAUGGAUUAGGAAGCUGGGAGGCCAUCAAGGCUGAUCAGAGUCUGUCGCUGUCGUCUAAGAUCCUUCCUCCCGGGACAUUGAAGCCCCAAGAUAAGCAUUUGCAAACGAGGGUGGAAUAUCUAAUAAAACUUUUAAAGCAAGCUGCUAUCGAAGACAAAGCAGAACAACUCCGAAAGUCAUCGCAAAUGCUCAAAUCUAAAAUCCGUCAGCUGAAGCAGAAGGACACUAAGAAAGGGAAGCAGCAAUCAGACGACUCAUUGACCAACAGCGCUGCACCGUCACCGAUGGCUGUGUUGUCCCCCCCUGAAGGAGCAGAAGAUAAAGAAGAUGGAGUCGCUCCUGAAAUAAGUCAGGAGGGUCAGAAUGCAAAAGAAGGAAAGAAAAAGAGGAAGGCUCCCAAGAAGAAGGAGGGCAUCAAAGAUGAAGGAGAUAAGCCAAAGAGACAAAAGAAAGACAAGAAGGAAGUCAUUAAAGAAAAGAAACCGGAGAUCAAAGAUUCUGUUUUUCAAGAAGAGCCUCCUACUCCUGAGAAGGAUACUGAAGAUAAAGAAAGCAAGGACGAUGGAAAACCAAAGAGUUCCUAUGCAUUAGAUGACAUGGAAAAGGCCACUUUUGAAGCGUGCAAAGAGAAAAUGCGGCCAGUGAAAAGAGCCCUAAAAAUGCUGGAGAGUCCAGAAGGGACCAUGACUGAGAAGGAUCAAGUCUCUCAGACAAGACAGUGCUUGUUGAAAAUUGGGGAUCACAUCACUGAAAUCACAUCUCAUUAUAAAGAAGGUGAUGUUGUCACGGAAUGGAGAAACAAUCUUUGGACGUUUGUGUCGAAGUUCACGUCGUUUGAAGCGAAGAAGCUUUUCAAGCUUUACAAACACGCUGCUAAAAAGAGAGAUGAGUCGAAAGCACAAGAGCGCACUCAAAACAGACCCGCCCCUCAGUCACAGAGAACCCCUCAAGACUAUUCAGGAAUGUCCCGAAAGCACCUUGGUGACCAUGCUCCCCAACGCUCAUCCAACGAUCUCAAACGUCAAAUGGAAGGAGGGAGCUCUUCUCAUUUGGGGCCCGGAGGAAAAGUGCCCCGGAUGGACCGCACUAACUCAGGGUCAAGUUCUCAUAGUGGGGGGAGGCAUUCUGGGGGUGGAGAUGGCUACGACCCUCGACGGUCUUCGUUCAGUCAUUCCGACAGAGUCAGCGGGUCGACCAAGGACAGGCCACGUGACGGACAUGACCACAGUCACAGGUAUCACGAACCCCAGAGAGAUAGGCCUUCCUAUCAUACUUCUGAUUAUUCCCGAACCCAUGACAGGCCGUCGGAGCACAGUCGCUCACACGAUCAACAUUCACGAGCAUCUUAUGAGAGGAACUCGGAUCACCAUUCCCGAUCUUACGAAAAGAGUCGGGACCGAAGAGAUGACCAUCACCGAAGUAGUGUUCGGGAAUACUCGUCCGAAAGUCGCUACCAUGCGCACCGCGAUCGGAACAGCGAUUCAUCGUCGUCACGUCACGGGAAUCAAACAAGUUCUCCGAAGUCUGGCGAGGGAAAAAGACACGGAGAAGACAGACGCAGCCUAGAGACCGACAGGGAAAAAAGAUGACAGCUUCUGACAAGCAAAGUUUUAAUCACCUUUUUAUCACUACAUUCCUGAUUCUGUUAACUACCAAAAAUAGAAAUCCAAGAACAUUUCAAAGUCGCCAUAUUUUUCAUUUAUUAAGUUUAUUUAUUUUCUAAAUUAACAUCGAUUAUAUGUUCGUUGACUGUGGAGUUGUAAAAAGUAUGUAAAUACUCCUAGUAAAAAGCCCUCACAUCUUGUCUCCCUUAGAGUAAAGUUCCACUUUACGAAAGAAGUCAAAUUGAAAAUCUCUUUUCUUGUUUCUCUGCUGUGCAAGAGAAGCUGGUAUGCGCAAUAUCUUGUAGAAGUUUUGUACCGAAGGUAGAUCGUAUUUUAACAUAUUUUGCAUCAAAGUGUAAAAAAGAUUUACUGUAGUUGUACAGUUUUGAAAACAAAACGUGCGCCCAGAGGUAUUAAAAGGGGUUUGUUUUGUA